UACGACAAUAAUAAUGCUCAGUGACUAUUUGUUACGCAUUCAAAACAUGCUAGCCAAAGAUAACCUUGUGUUAAAAGAUAAACAGAUUGAUAGCCAGAGUUUCUCGCAAUUUCUGCCUGGAUGUCCGUUAAUUUUGGAUACCCACGAUUCUCUGUCAAACUUCGGUUGUCGUUCUUCGUUUACAUCUCGCGGACAACAGCUUACCUCGCAUAACCUCAAAAUUUAACCUCACGUGUAACUCUAAAAUUUGUAAUCAUGCACAAUGCAGUCAAUCGUAACGAAGAAACGAUUUGGCGACCAUCGAAUUUGUUCGAUUCUAGAGCAUGCAAACAUGCGGUCGUCGUGCUCAACACACCUAUUCGAAUAUCGAAACACAUUUUAUUGGCCCUCUGGAAGGAAGCUCAGGUAACGCUGACUGUAGAUGGAGGAACCAAUCAGUGGAUGGAAUAUUUGGGAGAUGUGUCGGAAGGACAAAGUGAAGAAUGUACAAUUUAUAGACCGACCCUCAUCACGGGUGACAUGGACAGUAUUUCACCGGAAAUAAAAGAAAAGCUUGAAAAAAGUGGUUCGAAAGUCAUCCCUACGAUAGAUCAAAAUCUCACCGAUUAUACUAAAGCUUUGAUUGAACUACGACAACAUUGCGAAUCACAAAAUAUUGAAUUACAUGCAAUCUAUGUAAUUGUCGAUACAUCUGGUAGAUUGGAUCACUUGGUUGGAAAUCUCAACACUCUGUACAAAACACCAAAAUUAUUAGCGCACACGCAAGUGAUUCAGGUUGCAAGUAAUUCAUUGACGUGGUUACUAACACCUGGUAGACAUAAGAUAAUUAUACCCGAAGUUUUGGCACGUUCGAAAAGUUGGUGUGGAAUUUUACCCCUCAAUGGCAAAGUUGACAAAAUACUAUCGAGCGGCUUAAAGUGGAACUUAAAUAAUAUAACAAUGGAAUUUGGUGGCUUGGUUAGUACCUCGAAUACGUACGAAGAUGAAUGUACAGAGGUGAAGAUAGAACUCCAUGAUCUUGUUGUUUGGACCAUGGGAAUAGAACCUUUGCUCGAUCAAAGUUGUCCUCAGUGAAGCGAUGUUUUCCAACGUAAUCGUGAAAAGUGUUCAAUGCCAUGACGUUGCAGAAUGUAGUGCUGGAAUGCAACGAAUGUAUUUUUUGUUAUCCCUCCAAAACUUUUUGUUUCACCCUUCAGGAGCGAUCAAAUUUUCUCUUCAUAUUCGAAAAUUCAUUCACAAAAUUGGCUAAAAUCAGUUGAAAUCCACAAUUGAGAGACUGCAAAAUGAUAGUAAAAAUUCUCUUCGCACGUUUUCGUUUUGCCAAUAUCAAUACAUCACUCAAGGGAUAACAAAAGAAAACUCAACAGUACUUAGAAUCUCGUAACAGGAGUGUAACCAAAGUACUUCGUCACGUGAUACAUCGAUGAAUUCGUGGCCACAUGAAAAAUGAGAAAUGGUAAAGAAACGGAUUAUUUAUUUAUUUAAAAAUUUUAAUAAAGUUCUACAUGUCAUUAUUUUUAAUAUGGCAGUGUUACAAAAAUUCGUCGCCAAUUUCCUUCAUUUAUCAGAAUUUCAAAUUCAAGGCCUCGUGUGUUGCACCGUGAAUUCCGUUGCUACUAGACAUGUUUUUUUCUAUAAUUUAUCGAAAAAGUUCGAGUUUUUUAAAUAUUUUGAUAGUGUAUUGACAUUGAUACAGUUGUUAAAAUUCAACGAUCCUCCGACCGCCUAAAAUCCGUGAUGUUAUUUUUUUUUUCAUUUUCCCCGAAUUGCCAUUUUCGAGAAAAUACUCCAAAUUAUUGGAAAAACCGCCUCACUUGCUCUCAUAGCAGUUCAAUACGUUCGUUCCAGCUCGUAAACCGACAGUAAUGAAAUAAAUCGAAUUCUACGAUGA